AAGUCAUACAAAUUGAGUCACAAACUCUCCUAUAUAUAUCCACAUAAAACCAAAUGAAUCUAACUCAUCAAAACAAGAAAAUUUUGAAGAAAAGACUAUGGAGAAAUUAACUAUCGUUGUUGCUUUCUUGCUUCUUGCAACAUUUUUUCAACCUCUCACGGCUCAGUCCAGUUGCCCAGGAGUGAGAAAAGAUACAUGGCCAGAACUUCUUGGAGUACCAGCAAGAUUGGCUAGGGAAACAAUUCAGAAGGAAAAUCCAAGACUAACUAAUAUUGGAAAUGUAUUAAAUGGUUCUCCUGUUACACAAGAUUUUAGAUGUGAUCGAGUUCGUCUUUUUGUUAAUGUCUUGGACUUUGUUGUACAAACUCCCCGGAUUGGUUAAGGGUAAAAAAAGAAUUUAAUCGCAUCGAAUGUAUACGUUAACUAGCCCUAAGAAAAUAAUAUUGGAGCCGUAUGGUUAGUGCUCCGUGUUUGUAAUUCAACAUUUGGUGAUAAAUAAAUGUGGCUUUCUAUAUUAUGUAAUAAA